AUGGCACGUUUGCGGAUGCAGAUUGCGUCUUAUUUAGCUACCCUUUUCUUCUUUGUCCAGUUUAGAGGUGAGUGGUUCAGCUGAUUGUUCAAUUACCCAGCAGUUUGCAUUGUGUACAUGCAGUUACCGGUUAAAGAUGCAAUGAUGGAAAGGUUACACCGCAGUUGAUGCUAUUCGAACGGGGGCUGCACGGAUUUCAACGCGUGUUUAAUACGGCAAAUUAAAAGCAAUUAUUAUUCACGCUAACGCAAAUUACUAAGGAAUAAAGUUAGUUCAUUAUGAUUUACAAACGUCAUUACACUUGUACUUUUAAUUUCUGGUAUUCAAACCUUGCCGUCGAUUUCACUUUCCUAUCGGCGUGAAAUGUCGUGCUAUGCCGAGCCUAAUGGAAAAACUUUUACGGGUUGCUACUUUCAUAGUUCAUGUCAAUAACAGCAUAUUUCUUUAAUUAUUCAUCCAUCUACUCAGUGAACUAAUUACUGCACCACAGCUGUCUCUAGUUCAUAAUAGAUUAUUUUUGCAGGGAUAUUUCAUCACCGCUUUCGAUUCUCCUACGAAUUUAGACAGUACUAGCCAUUUCACAAUGCCACUCACCAUUUGCAAUUAAUUGUUUUGAAACUUUCAGUAUCUGCGUUACAGCACUAGACAAACUUUGCACGUUUUCACUUCCCUCGUAAAUUGAGCAACACUUUACAACAUUCCACACAUGCAUAUUCAUAUUAUUAUAGCACAGAUAACAUGCUAAUAACACAAAACGUUUCACGAACCUUUGGCCCAGAUAGCACUACUAAUAAUUCUGAACACAAAUUUCCCUAACAGUUCUAAAUGUAGCAGAAUAUUGUGAUAUUUCCGUCGGUUUUUUUUUUUUUUUUUUUAGCCAGUAAUAAUUUUUAUCUCGUGUUAAAUCCUACAAAGCGGCUUUUCUAUUACUAUUCAGCACGAAGAUAUGUAAAUAAGUACGAUCCCAGUAGCAGAUAUAAGCGGUACUUUAUUAACGUCGAGAGACUGUGGCUGCGUGCUCAUAUCCUCACAUGAUAAAUUUUACGUGAGUGAUUUUGACAUCUCACGCAUAAGCAAAUUAUUUGUGUUUUUCGAUGUUUUCUAAGAACUUGUCAUACAUCUCGUUCUUGUCUAUUUGGAAGGUAAUUACCACGACAACGCUUGAAACGAAACCCGUCAUGAAGUGCCCUUGCGCGGAAUUUCCGUAUGGCAACUUAGCAAACACGCACCUCCUGUCCUCUUAGCUAAUGUUUACAAUGAGUAAUUAAAGGCAAAAAUAAGAGAAGAGGAAACUGCCUCUGGCAGUUAUUUUCUUUUCAUAUCACAAGUACGCAAUAAUUAUUUAUAAUUUUUGCGAAUUAUUCUAUUUUAAUUACAAUAAAACAAAUAUUUCGAAGUAAUUACGUCAAUUGGCCACAGGGUUUUUUCACGUUUCCUCCUCCAUUCCCCAUAUAACUCAAACAAAACUCGAGUAACAUAUUUUUUUUCCUGUCAGCAUUACGCUAGCAGAAUACUCAAUGAAUUUUAAUCAUAUACACUAAUGACACUUCUUAUUGAUUGUAUUUUCAAAAAAGAAAAUGAAUGACGUUAAUGAUAACAGAAUUUGUGUUCUUUGAUAAUUUGUCAUACACGUUAAUCUCGGGUUUACAGUGUAGUAUUUUCCAUCUUAUGGUUUAAAUGUCUGCAUAGUUUGAGGGAGAUGAAGAAGAAUUUCAUUUAUGUUACCUGGCACCAUUUUGCUUCGGUUUUCAGUAUGAUUUCUGAUUAGCAUGGAGUAAUACAUUUAAGCUGAUUUGGGUGAAAAUUAUUGUUCAUAUCCCACUUGCAUUGCCAACACGGAACACUAAUUUCAAAAGGGAGAAGUUUUCGUCUUUUGAAAUAAAGGUUUAUAUGUGAAUUUGAACAUUUCUUUUUUAAUUAUAAUUAUGAUGAAAUUAAGAUUGCGCUUAAUAAUUACUGUACCUGUGGGAAGGCUACCUAGAAUAUAUUGUUUGGCAUUUGACCAACAUCAUCAGUGCAAAUAUUCAUGAGAGCUCCUUUGAAAACAAGUCAAAUAGUAAUUUAUUUUUGCUGUAAAGCAAAGCAAACAUGUGCAAUGAAUGUAUAGUUUAUUGACUUUCAACGAAUAGUCAUGAAAUUACAUUACCCCAGUUGUAAUGAUCUAGGAAAAAAGACAGUUUUAUUUUUUAAAAACCAGGUCAUAUGUUCCUUUGAUAUGGCAAACUAUUAUUCAUGUGACAAAAUCAUCUUGUUUCAUGUAUUUUUUCUGCAAAUUCAGAUGCAGAUGUGAGAAUUGUAUUUUGAACUGGGUAUAAAAAUUUAAUUGGAGGUAGAAAAUUAAUUUACUGGUUCUAACUUCAGAACAAUAAACUGCUUGCAGAAAGAGUUGAAAAAGUUCAUUAUUAAUUAAUCUGAGGUUGUUAUCUUUAACCAUAGGAUCACUUAUAAGAUAAUGAACACACCAGCUGCCAGUCCUCAUAAUUGUCAAGCAGAACCUUAAUGAAUUGUGGAAAAAAAUACUGUCAGAAGUUUUUCCUUUAUUACUGGGUAACUCUAAAGAACAUGUUACCCCUAAACUUUGUGGUACAUGUAAGAGCAUGAUGAUCGGCAUAACAUCUAAGUUGUGAAUGUAAUCAGCUCAAAAAAACAUUUCAACAGCAAUUAUUCAUAGAAAAAAGAGAAGGAGAAUGAAUGAUCUUGACAGUUCCCUCCAGAGAAUAGAAGUUGUGAAAUUUUGUGACCAUGUACAAAUAAUCUACAUGACAUGUAUAAGCUGUUUGCAACUUGUCUCUUGUCAGUGGUAAAACUGUAGUUUACUCUUUUCACCCUUUCACUCCCAUGAUCUCAUAAAUAAUUCUCCUUCCAGUGAACUCUUCAUUGCAAGUGCAAUUUUAUAUCAUGAAAUAUUAGAAUUAAUCUUAACAAACACCUUUUCAGGAACCACUACAAUAAGUGCAACCUCCUUACUAAAGACUUCUGGGAUGGUUUUUGACAUAAUCAUGGGUAUCAUAGUCAUCAUCAUUAUAAGUUUUGUUAUGAUCCAUCAAAUAUUUUCGCCUGAGCCCUAUUGGUCUAAAUGCAUCACAUGACCAAGUAACCGCUAGCUAAAACUGGAUGAUAUCUGAGAAUGUCACCUGGGUGAUAUUCCUUAAUUUUCAAACCUUACAUCUUCUACGAUAUAGUGUAAGUCUUCAUUAAAAUCUUAACUGAAGAUGAAAAUGCAUUCUAUGGCUGUUACAAAAGAAGGAAAAUAUUUGUUUGUUCACUAAGUCAAACCAAAAAAAAACUUAAAAGAAAACAUUUCAUGCGGCAAACAGUAGGCUGUGAUUAAAUUUGUGAAAGAUAAUAAACACUGUUUAAAGUGGUCGAAACUUGUCCAUCAGCGCGCAGUUAGUAAAGCAACAAUGGUGUAUAGCACUAUAAAUAACACAGCUCCAGAAUAUCUGACUUCACAUUUUGUUCGUCGCUGUGAUUUAACUAGCUAUAACCUUAGAGAGAAUGAAUACAAGCUCACUGUUCCACAACCACAACCCCGCACUGAAUUUUAUAAAAGAAGUCUUUCCUAUAGUGGAAGUGUGUUAUAGAACAGCUUGCCUCUGGAGGUGCGGCGAUUGACAUCCCCAUAUAAUUCAAACAAAACUCGAGUAACAUAAUUUUUUUCCUGUCAGCACUAUGCUAGCAGAAUACUCAAUGAAUUUUAUUUAUUUACACUAAUGACACUUCUUAUUCAUUGUAUUUUCAAAAAGGAAAAUGAAUAACAUUAAUUGUAAGUAUGUUAAUCUCGGGUUUACAGUGUUGUAUUUUCUAUCUUAUGAUUUAAAUGUCUGGAUAGUUUGAGGGAGAUGAAGAAGAAUUUCAUUUAUGUUACCUGGCACCAUUUUGCUUCGAUUUUCAGCAUGAUUUCUGAUUAGCAUGGAGUAAUACAUUUAAGCUGAUUUGGGUGAAAAUUAUUGUUCAUAUCCCACUUGCACUGCCAACACAGAACACUAAUUUCAAAAGGGAGAAGUUUUCGUCUUUUGAAAUAAAGGUUUAUAUGUGGAUUUGAACAUUUCUUUUUUAAUUAUAAUUAUGAUAAAAUUAAGAUUGCUCUUAAUAAUUACUGUACCUGUGGGAAGGCUACCUAGAAUAUAUUGUUUGGCAUUUGACCAACAUCAUCAGUGUAAAUAUUCUUAGAUUCUAGUUUAGUUAGGUAGUUAGUUUUCUCUACUUGAAUGUAAAGGUACCUGAAGGAAAUACCGUGUAUAAAUAAAGUUACCAUACCAUACCAUACCAUACUGUAGCCUCUAUUUUGGGUGAUAAUAUGCUUGUUUAUUUGUCCUUGGACUUAAUCUGUUUCUUGAAGCACACCGAUUUCCGUAAGUUUCUCUUAUUGUUUAUGUAUCAGUAUUAUUAUGUUGUUGUGAAUGGCGCCGCAGCGAGCAAGCAGCAACACUUAUCUUGAGGGGCUUUCUGUGGUGCAUAGGUCUGGGCUUGAGUUUAUGUAAUCAUUAUUUUUGCCUUAAGGCCUAUUCUUGAACUGUUAGACAAUUUAAUUUUCAAUCUUUUUUAUUGGUAAGUAUCAUGUAUCAUUUUUAAAAAGGUCAAGGGGUUGUCUGUGUGUGUGUGUGUAUGUUGUUCUUGGUGGAGGUGGGGCGGUCAUUUUCUCUGCAAAGUUUUAGGCCAUCCUGCUAUCUACUACAGAGAGCGAGGGGGGGGUGCAGGAAACCUUUGAGUAUCUGUGGGGGUAAGAGAAACCAAACAUUUGAAAGUGAAAAAUCCAUACCCUUCCCCAAAGAUUACAAACUUCCUUUAAAAAUAACAUGUUUUUGAAAUAUUUACACUUUAUUCUUGUACUUUUGUAUAUUUUCUGUUAUUCAGUUAUUUUUACAAAGCAUUAUAUGAUUAUCAUAACUAAACCAUCCCUAGGUUCCUUUCCUUAAUUAAUAUGCCAUACUUUACAGGCUCACAGUAUAACGAGUUAACCUUGCAGCACUUCACUUUCCAUAAGAAACUGCUAGUUAUUUUUACAUAGUUGAUUGUUUUUAGUUGAUUGUUGAUUGUUAUUUUUUCAGGGGGAUUCCAGUACUCCCUAGCAAAUCCUCGCAAACUGAGCUCUAUGGUUGCUGUGAUUGGAUACUCUGUUGAUCUAGAUUGUCAAAUGAAUGAUCCUUAUGUUAGUGUUUCUCUAAAACAAACAAAAGAAAAAAAGGAUUUUGACAGGAUUGCAGAUGGAAUCAAAGUUACACAGAGUGGACAAAUAUUUACCAUUAACAAUGUUGAAAAGAAUGAUGAAGGAAAAUAUUCCUGCAAAGUUGGACCAACUUCUAUGAGGAUAGAAAAAGUUUUGGUGGCGAAGAAACAACCAGGUUAAUAUUAUUAAUACUGGUAUACAUUUAAAUAUCCUGCUAUCCACAUCUACAUUGUAUAUUUACUUUGUAAAAGGUGGCAAUUGAGGUACAUGUAAAAUUCCUUAUUCAAAUAAUUAAUUUUUUGACUGACUGUUUAAACCAUUUCAGAGUUUGACUCUAGCUUAAUUGUAAUAUAAAUACAUGCGUAAAAGUUUAGUUUAAGCACUUCAUAUGAUUGAAGCAUAAUCUGCUCUGAACUGUGUCUGGUACAGUGGCCCAUAGAGGACAGACUAUCCACUUUUUAAGUUUAAUUUAUCAUGUAGUAAAUGAGAUUUAUCGCAUGAUAAAAUCAAAAAUAUUGCAUGAUAAAUAAAAAAUUAUUGCACAGUAAAUGGGAUCCACUAUCACGCACAUUGUUUCCAAGGACAAGACGACAAUGGCUGCAACAAUUGGAAAACCCCUCAAAAGAAAUGUUAAUCAUAGUAAUCUUUGAUUUGAUUCUUUCACAGGAAAAUACAUCUCUUCAUUUUCAAUACUUCCAACAAAUACUACAGCAAAAGAAGGAGGAAAUGUCACUUUCACCUGCAAUGUAACUGGAAAAGGCAUAAAAAUUGUGGAAUGGUAUAAAAACAAAAAGAGAGUUUCCAGUACAUUGCAGAACUUUAAUGAUAUGUAUAUAAGCACUCUUCAACUAUCUCCGGUUACAUCUUCUCAAGCCGGCCUGUUUGAAUGCCGCACAACAUUUGCAUAUGGAUCAAACUGGUAUAAGGCAUAUAAAGCCAAAUCAGGAUUGCUCUCAGUUACAGGUAGAGAAGUCAUGUUGUGUACAUGUAGCAAAAUAAACUAUAUAGUCUAUGGGGAAGUUUAGUACUAUGUACAGAUAAGUUACAAACUGUUUUACUCCCAUUAAGAAUCAGGUCAAUUGGACAGAAUUGAAUUGGAUUUUGUGAAUUGUGGGGUAUUUAAAGCUCCCCUACUGGUGAGGAGACUCCAAGGUAUUGAUUGCAGAGUCUUGGGUUCAACAUUGUCAAGGAUAACUUGGGGUUUCUUAUUUUCAAACAUGCCUGUGAUAUUUCUAAAUCUCUUCAAAAGCCAAAACACAAGUAAGACACAAGAUCAAACACUCAAGGGACUGGCACAACUUAAGUGCUGUGUUGAAUAGCACCUAGUUGUCACAUGAACAAUGUAAUUAUUGUCUUCGUCACUGACUGUGAAAAUGUUUCUGGGCUAAGGAGAAUCAUUUAAUAAAUUUAGUGAUUGUAUUUCAGAGUUUAACUUCAUGGCAAAGAAGAGACAGUAUCAGAAAUUAUUUGUCGGAGACCCUCUGACAAUCAACUGCAGAACCAAUGACCAGACAGCAUCUUCCUCUAGGUUAUGGAAGAAGAAAGAUGAUGCAAAUCCAGUAGAGGAAAUUCUUCCAAAUAACAAAUCUGUAACACGAAGGAAAAACAGAUUUUAUUUUAAAAGUGUGUCACUGGAUGAUGCUGGUCUGUACAUAUGCAAGGCUACCUUGCCAAGUAUAAACAAGACUAUUAAAGAGGAAAUUACUAGCCUGCUUGUCUUUACAGGUGAUGAAAUAAUCUUGUUAUUUGACAUUUCAGGGGGGUCUUUACCACAAUGAAGGGUGUGGCAAAAGAUCUCCAUUUUAACCAUAUAUUAUUAAGAGUGACAAGCAUCUAAUUUAUCCUUACAAUGGUAGCUCCACUGAAUCAAACAUUAAAAGUUGUGAGAAUAAUGAGAGAAUAAAGGAAAUGAUCCUAAGUAAAGCUUUUGAUUGUUCAACAGACUCUCUUUGUCAGUACCAUAGGAAAAGUAUGAAGAAUAUUAUGGAGAUAGUGCAUACUGAUGUUAGGUUGUAUGGGGUUAACCUCUUACUGACCCUCUUUCAUCAAAGUCCCUUAGUUUAUGUGAUUUCCUUUAACCAAAAUGGUGGUAGAAUUCAUCAAAAUCUCUGAAAAUUAUUUAAAAUUUAUCACAGUACUCAGAUACCUAGACAAGCAUUACUUCCUUUCAAAGUCCUCCAGAUUUUCAGGAUGUCAUAUUACAUGUAUGUUUCCACCAUGAAAUUAUCAGACAGAAAAUAUAUCAUAUUUAUUUUCAUUACUUUGAUAGGUGAUCAAAGAAGUCCUUGGCCUCAAGUGUACCCAUUCACUUCCAGUGUCCUUCGAGAUCAGAAUUUUAAUUUCUCCUGUCAGGUUCCUGGUAAUGGAGUCUCCAUCACGUGGUUGAAAAAUGGGGAAAAAGUUCCGAAUCACCAGACACAGUUACAAUCAAGGAAAACACUAAGAGGCCUUCCCUUAAAUGAAAAUAUUCUGAUGCUGAAGACAGUUUCAUGGGUAGAUGCAGCAAAUUACACUUGUGUAGUUACAACUUCUCAACAGCCAGGAUAUUCCAGCAACAUUACAAGGGAGUUAUUUGUUAAAGGUACUGUUAAAAGUGCUCUUAUAAUUAUUUACUUUCUCUGAGGUCCUGACCAGCUUCACCAACUGUGUUCAGGUUCAGAUGUUGAUCAUAGCUUCCCGGAAAAAAACAUCUGGUACCAUGGAUGUUGGGCAUAUCAUGGGUGUUGAACAUAUUGUAGUUGAGGGGUCUGGGUUUGUUUGUAAUCAGUCCUAUCACUAUUUAUUUUGCAAAGGUGGGUAACAGACUGCUUAUAUUAUAAAUGAAUAAAGUGGGUAAGUUCCUAAAGAAACUGUUAUUGCAAAAAGUUAUAAAUUGGUGAAACAGGAAGACAACUAGGUAACCGAUUCUGAGAAUACCUUCACAAUGUGGAAAGAAAUGACAAGGAUGCAUCCAAACCAGUCACUAGUCACUUUAAUCUCCAUAAUUGUCUAAACAGCAUGUGGCAGUUUGCUGCCUUUCCCUACAUCUAGACAGUUCAGAGAGCCACAAAACACCAGAACAAUAAUUUAUUUUCUAAAUAGGCACUCUCAAUCCCCACAGUAUCAAUGAGCACUUUUCAUUCAACUAAUUUAUUCUUGUUUUCUCGUCACCAUAUUCCCACCAAUAGUGUAGCUCCAUUUCUGCAUAUAAUCACAACCCACAAUUCCUCCAAUCACUCUGACAAAGGGCUAACACUUGAAACGUCAGCCUCCCAACUCUUUACAGUGGCCAAUUUACAUUUUCAAAGUUGAAAGUACCAAUGAUGUUUUACUAAAAAAAAAUUGCUUUGAACACUUUUAAUGACCUUGGUAAGGCCUUCAGUAUAGAUCCUGCCAAUUUUUAACUGAGUGCUUAGUUUAUAUUUCUCUUACAUCCAGAAUGUCUUGUGCCCAAUGAAAAGUUUGGUGAUCCCACUGAUCCAAGUGGCUACUUUGUAUGCAAACAAGGAAUCCCUGUCAAGGAAUUAUGUCCACAAUGGAUGAUAUGGAACCUGGAAGAAAAGCGCUGCACUUCAAAUCUGUGUAAGCUGUACAAUUGCUGUAGUUAUUUGUCAUUAGAUGUUCCUAGACUUUAUGUAAGUGCCUAUGGAUGCAGUUAUCAUUAUAUGUGUACUAGUGUUUGAUCACAAAUGCAGCAGUCGGUGUGGCUGUGCUACUCAAUCUCUAUUUAUUUCUUGAUAAAUAGUGAAUAGUGGACAGUGAGCAACUUUGAACAAAAUAAAAUGAAAAUUUUGGCCUGUCUUGUUCUCAGGUUUUCAAUGUAGUAGAUACCUCAAGCUCAUUAUGCAUCAGUCAUUUCCAAGCAUCAACAUCUUACUCUCCCCCCUCCUUAUUCAAAUUCUACACCCCCAGGCAUAUAUGAUGGUCAAAUGCCUGUGGGUUGCCCUGAAAAAAGGGGGGAGAGGGGGCAAUGUUGGAGCUUCAAAUAAAUUGGUGCUUUAUAUAUUGGUAAAUAUAUAAUUAAUUUGAGAAUGUUUUAAUCUUACAAUUUGUUGUGGAGAUUUAAUUUUUUAGGAGGAAUGAAGGAAGGUGCAGACACAGUAAAAGAUAAUUUUUUGCCAACCCUCUCACAUAGGAAUAUAAGGCAGGAUGAAAAGAUUCAUCACCAUUCAAAUGCCAAUGAUAUAAUAUUUAGUUUUUUCAGUACACUUAACUUCAAAAUCAAGUUAUGUUUCCCAGAUUUAAUGUUGGCUUAGUUAAGGCAAUAUUGAAUGAGUGAGUAAUGUUAACCACAUGUUAAUCUGCUGGUGAAAGUUGAAAAUGUCAUUAUGGUUCAAUAAAUUACUGAUCUUUUUGCAGCAUGGGUUGUUCCUGGCUCUGGGCACUUUCAGUCUGUCAUCUCAGGAACAGUAUUUCAAUUGGACUGCCAACUCAAUGAUCGAAAUACACAGGUUAAGCUAAGCAGAAAAUAUUCAGAGGAUGGGGACUUUCAAGAGAUUCCACAGUCAGACAAAACUAUUACACAAGAUGGCCAGAAUUUCUCAAUACUCUUUACUGGUAAAGAGAUGAUAUUCAAAUGCGAGGUUGUAGGGAAGAAUGGACAAGUUGUUCCUGAGCCAAAGGAAGUGAAACUUAGAAAGGCAAUAGGUAGGAAUGAUGUUUAGCAUAUACAAUAGUCUUGGUUACACUGGCCUUUUUACCCAUGGGUAAAUAGUGUUUGCCCACGGGCAUGGACGUUUUUGUGUGUAACCUUUCCCCAGACCCAAACUGCCCCAGGGUUAUUUCCAUGGAUACGUCAAAAAGAACAAAAGAACUUCCCAAGACAGUUCCUGAACUGAAAAGUUCGGUUUAUCUGCUUCCUGAGGUUGCUUGACCAAUCAUAAAGCAGAAUGUAGCAUAUACAGGAAAUCGCCUGCAGUGUUUUGAAGUGACCUCCGAUGCGCUUGGCUAAUUUCGCGCCUUCUUCGGUGUCUUCUCGCAAAAAACUGCUGGACUGUUAUAUUUAUGGAGGACUGUCGUAUAAAAGGCAGGAGAAUCACUGAAAUUUAGCUUAAUAGUUCUCGAUUCGUAACAUCCAUGUUGCUCUGUACUUUUCCUGCCAAUUUUUCAGGUCAGUGAACUCAUAUCUAAUUAUAUCUGACCCUGAAGGGAGUCUUUUACUGUGUAACCGCAUCCCCAUGAGUAACAUGAAACCUGAGUUUAACCAAACCCAAGUCAUUUACCCUCCGUAAGGCCCCAAACCCAAGGUGUGUGUAACCACGGCUAAUGUAUUGAUAUUGGUUCUUGUGUCAUUUAACAAGCAACGUUUUAUGCGAAGUGAAAUAUUGUGGUGACUUGCCUUGAUGAUAAUUUUGGGUAGGACUGGAUGUACUGCAGACAAAUUUAAAAAUGUGGAUUUAUUUGAUAGGAGCAUUCUUGACCCUCGCACACACAAAAUGUACGAUCCCUUUCGGUCCCCGCCACCCCUCAAUCCCAUCCCUCCCCCGCCCCGCUUAAGGAAAAGUUUAGACUUCUUCUUCGUCCCGAAAAUUUUCACUCUUAAAUAUUUGUAAGCCUUUUACUUUGUACUAAAUUCAACUAUUAUGGGGGAUCUAACGCAAUUUCAAUGUUUGGUACCUAUAGAAACGGAUCCAAACUCAUUUGUAGAAUAUUCCCCCAAGCUUUGAAGGUGGACAGAGAUCAACAAGGUUAAGAAGCUAACGUUUUUCAAUGACCUAACCACCCCUCCCACAGUCUGUGAUUGUUCCCUGCCCCAUCCUCCUCCUUUCCCUUAAGGUUUACAAGGGGAACUGACUGCGCAUGCCUUCCUCUAACUACAUUAUAAAAUUCAAGGAAUAAUGUCAGACCGUAAUUGCACUCUCAUGGAUUUUUUUUCUCAUAUUUUCUUUGCAGACUUUCAGGUACAUGUUAACGUUCAAACCAUACCUCACUGUAUUCGUGGUCCUUUGGAGGUAAAUGAGAGCGUCACAGUAGUCUGCCGUGGGUAUCAUCACGGUGGUGUAAAGUGGUUUAAGAUAAAUCCAGGAUCGACAGUUCCUCAGGAAAUAACAGAUACAUCUAUGGUGAUCCGUCAAGCGUCACGUCCCUUGAAAACGGGUCAGUGGGAGACAAACGUUACUUUGGAACUGAAAAAUGUGAAGCGAAGCGACAGAGGGGAGUAUCUCUGCUGGAAAAGCAAUGGACACAAUGCUACCGCCAACAUUAGUAUCAUCAUCGAUGUGGCAGGUAAAUUAACCUAGUGGUCAGGUUCUGUCGCUCUUUCGUGGAAUAUAAAAAGACUAUGGGAUAAGAUAAGCUGCUGGUCAUUGUGUGAUCGUAUCGAUAGAGCAAUAUUUCAAAACUGUGUGUCGAAAAUAAUCCGAGAGUGCUUUGGUUUUGCUUCACUUCAUUCUGUGAUUAGUCCGAGAAAAAACUCGCGCCACCAUCUCCUUCAAUCAGCUGUAAAUUUCGUGACUUGGUUACUCGCGUUUUCCCGCGUUUUGGGUAGUUUACUUAGUUUUACUUUGGUCGCUGUGAUAUCUUUGGAUUUAGUUUUACGACUCUCUGUCGAAAAGCGCCCUCUCGUGCUCUGUAAAUGCAAUGGGUUAGAAUCACAUAGGCUUAAAGCAAGAGCUGGGAUUUUUCUACUUAAAGCGCUAGAAAAGUGGAAUUCGAAUAGCUGCAUAAGAUUUAACGACAGCGUGGUAAAAGCGAAGCGUAUCACAGCAUUGAGAAAGAUGUCAUACAGAUUUCAAAAUUAACAUAUAAACUGUGGUGAACUCCUCAUGCAUUCAAACGUAUUAAAAUAGUCGCCAAGAGAUUUUCAAUUAAAUGUCUUGCCAGCUUUAUAUCUAGGUGAUUUCAUCAUCAUAGCAUCGCCUACUCCUUUGAUAAUCUUUUACUCCACAUAGUCAUGCACAUAGUCAUACAGAUAUAGCUUUAUAUCGAGGUGAUUUCAUUAUCAUAGCAUCGCUUACUCCUUUGAUAUCUUUUUCGCUACAUAGUUCCCUCACCAGCAUGGAUAGCCGGUCCACCACAACACCGGUCUGUAGAAGAGCGUUCUAGUGUCACUUUCCGCUGCACUGUAAGUGGUUCCCCCCCUCCAACAGUACAGUGGCAGAGGGGAAACAGAAUAGUCGCCACAUGCGAAGGAAAAACUGGCAAUUGUUCCUCCAUCGAUGGAACUAAGUUCAGAGCAAAGUGGGUGGAUGAGAGAAGGUGUUUAAGCCAACUAUGGAGUUCCCAAACAAGCGGUAGAUGGCUAAGUAAGUUAAAUGUCGUGGACACCCGGUUUCCGGAAGAUGAUGAUAACUACACUUGUGUAGUUAACAAUGACUUGGAUGAACCAGUAAAACGGCAUGCACGGCUUCAACUUAUAGGUAAGCUUAACGAAUUAUUCAGGUUCAUGUCAGGGGGAUCGAAAGAUCGAUGGCUUAAGGCAGUACGCACUGAGGGAAAAAUCACUGAACUUAUUUUAAGCCUCUGCUAUGAUUCACCUCUUGUUGCAUGGUCUUCUUUGUGAAAAUCCUCCUCCCUGCGACAAAGCUUUUGUUGCACAAAUUUCAUCUGAUUUGAAUUUGUGCCAUGAUGGAAGCGGUGACGUGAGUCGCGCACGAAACGGUUUGUCAGGUUUGCCACAUAGAACUGUCGCUCAAUGUGUUGUGGUCCUUACCCAGUGGAACCUUGUAGCAGGGGCGCGGGGACCAGGGAUAGCGCAGCGUUGUAAGCACUGGCUGUGAUCUGAGUUCGAUUUCCGGAACUGAUGUCACAUGUGGUUGAGUUUGUUGUUGGUUCUCUUUCAUUGCUCUGAGAGUUUUUGUCUGGGUUGUGCCCCCCCUCUCCUCCCUGCAAAAUGCACCACUUCAAAUUCCAAUGCGAACUGCAAACAUCGGAGUAACAGCCAUGCUGAGAGUGACAGGCGUUUCAUUUCUUCUCCAAUUCUCCAUGUCAUAUCCUUAGGAAAUGUUCGGGGAACCCCAUGGACAAUAUGCAUACUGAUGAAUAUUGUAAGUGUUGGUUUUUUAGCAAGGGGUCCUGCUCGAACGCCCUAUAGCAUUUGAAGGCACGCUUGAUUCACUUAGUCAUAGUGGUGAGUUAACAAAUUCUCUUGACUGAGCGGGGCCAUGUACACCCUAUACUUACAGCAUCCUUUGAAAACUCCUCCUUGAAACUUGUUUUAACGGACGGUUAUUGUUCCAUAUUUCAAUCUCUAGUUCAUCCGAAGUUAAUCAAAGAAACUAAGAGCGGAUUCGAAAAGCCUGCUGUCUUCAAAAACAGAAAAGAGGAGUUGAAGUGCACAACCGAACGCAGUAAUCCUGCAGCUAAUUUCUCGUGGAAAUAUCAGAAUUUCAAAAUCGGAUGCAAAGAAGCUUCUGAUUGCCAACCAUCGGGAAAAUGGAUAAGAAUCUCGAGUAGUUUUGUUGGAAAGGUAGAACAACGGUCUCUUAAUACCAGCGUUCUUAUAGUACCAAGCUACAUCGAUAGAAAGUUUUUCAAGUGUACCGCAACAAACCCCGCCGACCGUGGAAAGAAAGACUCGAAGGUGUACGCGUUUAUUCGAAGAGGUCAGUCAAUACUACAGUGUUCAUUUGAUGGAAAAUUUAAGACCUUUCGUACCUAAGAAACCUCUGUGGAAUUAGGAAACUCUUUGAUUUGUUACAGCCGAAUUAGCCUUUUUCAAGCCAAACUCCCAAAACAAACUCCAGGUCCUGGAGAGUACUCCUUCGCUCGUGGAGCCCAAUCAGAGUGCAAUCCACCCUCUUCGAGUAGAUACCAUGUGAAAUUCGAUUUUCAAGUAUUGUCUUUUCUGUAUUUCAGAAGUGCCACUCCACCUCGAAAAUUUGUAUGUCAAGCCCAAUCCUCUCGUGACAGCCAAUGUUGGUGAUAACAUUACAUUAACAUGUGAGGCCAAUAUUGGUGUCUUCAAAGAAUUCCCAUCCUGGUUUAAAGGAGGACAAACCCUCAGAAGUAGAUCAGUCAGGAAGAAUAAAGAAAUAAGUGAGCUUCGUAUAACUAAUGCGUCGCUCGACGAUGCUGGUCUUUACAUCUGUUCAGCCGAGAAGAUUAGUGAUGGAUUCAACGCAAAAAAGUCUAUUGAAGUGGUGUUGCGGGGUGAGUGAAACGUUACGUUAGAGUUCCUCUCUUCGAAAUAUGCUACGUUGCGUUACGAUACGUCAGAGAUUAAAUUUGAGAGCUUUAGAGGUGUGCAUAGUUUGACGCUACUUUCGUGUUUCAUCGUGACUCCUAUCUUCUCCCCUCCCCCCUCCCCCCUCCCUCUUCCUAGCUUUUGGUAGUCUCUUCCAUCUCCCUUUUUAUAUCAUAAAAUUUAUAUAACAUUAUCAAAAUAUAUGGUGAAAAUGGAGAUAAAAGAAUCACAACGUUCCGACUUUCAGAUGCAAUUAUCAACUGAUCGAGAACCCAGCACAGGAUAACUUUGCACCGGCGGAGUUCUCACAUUUCCUUUCGUUUGGAAUUUUCUUGCAGAGCUGACAAAGCCGAGUGUUUCCAUCACUCCUAAUGUAACCAGACUCGGAGGCCAAGGCGUUGAAUUAUUCUGCAAUGUCACUGCAAAUCCUCUGCCGGCAUCUGUCACUUGGAGACGAAACGGAGAAAUAAUAAAAAUUCAGAAAACCAAUAGUGACGACUGCGGUCAACUGCAGAGGGGUGUCUACGAAAUGAGUGGAGGAACGAUUCCCGGGGUUUGGCGAAUAUUUAUCUGCUCUGUCAGCGACUCUUAUCACACAGGCGUUUAUCAGUGCGCGGUGGAGAACGCCAGAGGUCCUGGAUCUGCUGAUACGUUCUUGAAUAUCUUGGGUAAAUAAAGAGCUAAAAUUCGUCACAUUUCUGUAUUCAUGCAAGACUUCGACCCAGAAGGUGUUGAAAAACAUGACACGACCUAUUGCAAUUGCAUGAGUGAAUGACAGGCUUUCAGGGGUUUCGCUAAAAGGCGGUACACCGCCGUCUUUUCAGCUUAGGAGCAGGCUUUCGUGUUUAGGUUACUCCUUGCGGUACAGCCGCCUUUAACACCAUUGGCAGCCACCAAUGGAAAAAGUUUGACCCACUGCAACCCCUGGUUUUCUAGCUCAUGAUUCAUGAUCAUAGACAAUUAAAGAGUUCAUUUAAAGUUUAGUAUCCAAACCUCCCAAAACAGUCUAAAUUCUGCCUUGUUUUCCUAUCAUGGGAAAGGAAAGGAAUUAUCGAUUGAUUGGUACGUUAAAAUUUUCUUUAGCCUUAAUACAUUAAGAUAUUUUGGGUAUAUUUUCCUUACUGUUCUUCUGACAUUUCCUAUGGUGCUGACAAGGAGAAUUUGUUCAACAAUCAGAAGUGUCUAAAUUUGCUGAUCAUUUCCUUUAUUCUCGUGACCUUCAUUUGUUGAUUCAGUGCUGAUUUUGUAAGGAGAAGUUAGAUGUUAGUCUAACUAAGGGGGAGGGGCUCAAGUAGACGGUUGAGGACAGCUUAGUUUAGACUUGCGACUUGAAGCCGGAUGUUUUUAUUUUGAUGUCCAUGCAGAGGAGCCAACUGUAUCCGUGACAGAGAUCUCACAAUUUGAGGAAAAUGUCCAGCUGCAAUGUGCUGUGACUGGAAACCCACCUCCUACCGUGACGUGGCAGAGAAUCAACAGCGAAGGUCAAAUUGUGCCGCUACCUGAUGCUACGAGAAGAUUCGCCAACCAGACGGUGUAUAUCAUUGAGGUGUCGGUUGGGAGUGACGAAGCAUCAUAUCUAUGUGUGGCAACCAAUUCUCAAGGAAGGAGAAAUCAGACUUAUUAUUUGUCCUCUAGUAAGUUGUUUUAAAUUCAGUACUAUCUCAUUAAGAUCAGUUUGUGCCGCGUUUAAGUGAACACAAAUUUUCACCAGAGGCUGUAUGUCGACUGAACAAGGUUUCAAGGACGGACCCAGUAAUUUAUGGUCCAUACUUUAGUAUAAAUAACACAGAAAAUCACUUUUCUUUUUCUUUUUAGCCAGAGCCUAAAUAAGGUAAAGAACACUUAAAGAUGAGUAAAUUUUAAAGACCCCAAGUAGUAGCAUGCAAUCCUGUUGUUGCAAGAAUUUUGGUGUCAGCAAGUAGUAAAAUAAUUCGGUUCAUCCCAGCAACUGCGCACCUACCCUCCCCUAACCUAAUAAAAUUCUACUGAUAGCGCGUUAGGGAAAUGUCGGGUUAGGGGAGGGGUAGGUGCGCAAAUGCUCAUAUACUAAAACUGAUCCAAAAUCUCAUUGGCAUGAUACGGGGGAAGGGGGUAGCCUUCCGGACUUUCCCUGGGGGGAGGGAGUGGCCCUCCAGAACUCCCCAGUGGAUCGGCCUCGUGAGUUUCACUAUCUUUUUCUCUUUUCUUCACAAGAACCCAAAGUCGGAGCUUUCAAACGCCUUAAGGAAGAAAGCGAGUUCUCCAAAGUUGCCUUGAUCGUUGUUAUCGCUGUCAGCAGUUUCGUGAUCUUGCUCCUUCUAUUUAUCAUUGUGGUUCUUUAUCGGCGAAAGAAGCGAUACGGCGGAUUUUACAUCUUCACGCUUCCGCCUGCUCCUGAUUAUAUUAUGAAGUUAGAUCCAGAGAGAUCCUUGUUGGAACAAACAAGCAAACUGCCAUACGACGCUCAAUGGGAAUUUCCCAGGGAACGCCUUGAAAUUUGUAAGUACAGAGUGUGUAUCCCCGUUUCGUUUACUCGUAGCACGAAUUUUUAUUAGAGUUAGCAUUAAUAACAGUCGUAAGAACGUGAUCAACGAAUAUUUAACUGCUCUCCUCUUUCGUGUUUGAAUUUUCAUUUGUGAGUUUGGCGAAGAUUACUUUUCACCUCUCAGAGGCAUGAACUCUUAAACGAUAAGCCAUCGUUGAUAUCCUAUCUCGGUUAACACGCAACGUAGUGCCUUGUCGCUAGGUUUAAAGUAAGCAUAAAUGCACAAAAGAUCUAGCCACUUGCCGAGAGCAGAACAGCAGUUUCUAUGUUCCCAACAAAGCAUUUGGCAAAGUUUUGCGAGACCCUUCGUCGAGUAGCUCCUAGUACAAUUCACGGAGCAGCAGGUUAAAACAAUUAUAGCAACGUUACCAAAAUCGUCGCUAAAAAUGUGACUUGAUUUCGAUUGUGCAAUCCUGUCACAAGAACUUUGCUAGCAAUGCUCAUUUCUUUGGCUUCACAUUGUGAAAAGUUUCAUCCAAUUGUGUCCCCAAACAGUUGCGAGACAAGUUUAAACCGAAAAAAAAUAUCAAUAUAACAUGACAUUUACACACAAUCACAACAAUUGACUUGCUACUUACAUUUUCUCUCACAGUGAAGCCCCUUGGAUCUGGUGCGUUUGGUCAAGUGUUCCUUGCGCAUGCGGUUGGUAUCGUGGCGUUUGACCCGCGCGGUAGCACCAAGCGGAAGUCUGGACGCAGACGGUCAAGAUUUGGAUCCACGAGUCGGCCUUAUGUGAAUGACAAACGAGUAACAGCAGUCGCAGUGAAAAGUCUUAAAGGUAACUUCAUCAUUCUGUAUUUACAAAGGAACACCGAGCGGCUUCUCAUAAGAAGUCAGUGUUAAGGGGAAGGACUACCCCUGUAAGUCAAUAAAAACCCAGCCAGACGCGAAUGUGCAGUAUCCCCCCCUCUGCUGUAAAAUCAUACCCGCCCCUGGUUUACAGUUCGUAUUCGUUCUUCACUAUUGUUGUUAAUUAAAAAUGCUUUUCUUCAAGAAUAUUUUUCCACUAACCUGUCAAUUGUCUCUGCAGAUUCUGCGACGGAAGCUGAAUAUAGGGAUUUGGCAUCUGAACUGAAGAUUCUGAUCCAUAUAGGCGAGCAUAAAAACAUUGUCAACUUGCUUGGCGCAUGCACCAAAGGUUCGUUUAAGCUAGGUUUAACUUCAUUCAACUUUUGUUGUUUAGCUUCACCCUUUCGUACAACACUUAGUAACAUUUUCAUCGCUAAUGGUAAUUUUCUUUUCUUCUUCUGAUUCUAUUAGAGGAUAAGCUGAAUUGUAAUCAAAUUUUUGCUUUUAAUGUAAAAGUUGCUUUCAUAUUAUGCGAAAGCGGACUGGAAAACCAACUCAAAGAACGUUGAUAUUUCAGUCCAAAAAAAUUCCUAACAUUUUCCAGACUUUUUAUGUAACGCAAUUAAGAAAUACUUUUUCAAAAGAUCCUUCUUAAUUGCGUUCCACAUCGUCACUUAUUUACGGCCAGAAAACGUUUUACCAGAGUAACGCUUUACUGAUACGCGACAUUUUUCCCUUUAGUUAAUAUUCUCACCUAUCGACCUUAGCAUCUACUUUUAUUCUAAAACAGAGCAAAUAGUAACAACAUUCUUCUCCCUAGGUCGCGAGAGAGAUCUUUGGGUCAUAAUAGAGUAUUGUCCGCAUGGUAACUUACUGGAUUUCUUGCGGAAACGCCGAGACAUAUUCGAAGCCAAAUGGAGUACGCCUACCGAACACGCUGACGUUACAUUCACAACGAUUGAUCUUUACAUCUGUUCGUUGCAAGUCGCUCGUGCAAUGGAAUUCCUUACCACAAGAAGAGUGAGUGUGGUAUACCUAAAUCUACGAAGCAAUUAAAAAAAUAACUUGAUAUAAAUAUUGUUUUGACCUGCGGAUGAAACACGAGUGAAGAUUGGUCUUCUGCUGCACUUAAGCUGCACUUAACCCUAUAACUCCCAGAUCAAAUUUGUAAUUCUCCUUACUUUUGACCAUACAAUUCUUAAAAUGUUAGUUCAGAGAAUUUAGUAUUGGAUCAACCCAAUUAUCCUCAAAUUGAUAUUUUUCUUUAUUCUCAUCACUCAUCUGGUUGAUAUUGUAUUGAUAUUGUAAGGAGAAAUUCUGUCCUGGUCACUCCUGUGAGUUAAAGGGUUAAGUGAAUUGCAGAAAAGACGCUAAAAAAUAUUCAACUUUCGGCGGGAUUCGAACGCCGAUAAAUUGUAAUUGGGUGCAUUACCACUGAGCUAUGUGAUACAAAUAUUGAGAGAGGGACAAAUUCUAGAAGGUUUUUUGUUCCCGUAAAGGAAUUUUAUCACAAUCAACGUGAAAGAAAGAGUAGUUGCCUGAUCUCUGUCAGCGGAGACGAAAGUGAAAGCGGUUGACAGUUGUGGUAUCUGCUCAACAUCCCUUGUUAUUCGCGCGUCCUGUUUGUUUUUUUGGUUCUUUCAUUGAAGGAGAACCCGAUUGAGGCUAAUCACCCGUAAAAUUGGAAAUCAUCUUCACCUUUUUCAUUCAAAGAUUUAAAUACUAACGUUUCAAUUUUGAUUCCUUUUUUCAGUGUGUUCAUCGUGAUCUUGCUGCUCGAAAUGUGUUAGUGGGUGAGGACUAUGUUUUAAAAGUGGCUGACUUUGGAUUGGCGAGGGACAUCUAUAAAGAAGAGAAUUACGUCAAGACUACCUCGGUAAGAAUCUCACCGCUGUUUUUGAUAUUUGAUAUUUUAAAGUCCUACGGCUCCUUAUGCAAAAUGGAUCAAAGCUAUCGUAUUUUCUCUUAAGGAAACUGGAUUUGUGUUGUUGUUUUCGUUGUUGCUGUUUUCAUUAUUAGCUUAUCCCUGUUUUUUUUUUGGGGUUUUUUCCUUUUUUCAUCUUUUCAAUUCGCUCACUCCUUCGUUAUUGGGUUUUCAAUCUCGCUCUCAAUGAAAACAUCGCUUUUCCUUCUGAUUUAAAAUAACCAUUCGUUUUUAUGUUCGUCCAUAGGGCUUGCUCCCAGUGAAAUGGAUGGCCAUCGAAGCCUUGGUUGACCGCGUCUACACGCACAAGAGUGAUGUGUAAGUUACACAGAUAAUCGUGAAAGUUAAAAGUUACUUGUCCCUGUAAACUUUGGUAACGUGUCUCGCAUUUCUUUCUCUCGUAGAUGGUCUUUUGGGGUUUUGUUGUGGGAGCUGUUUACACUUGGUAAGUUUUUCAGUUUUAAUGAUGGCGAUGUCAUGUCAAAGAUACGGUGCCUACAUUUAAUUCUUAUUGAAAAAAUUGUCGUCUAAGGGUACUUCUUUAUCAUUAAGGUGGAUGUCCGUACCCAGGUCUCCCGGCCAACGAAGUUUAUCAGUAUUUGAUGGAAGGAAAUCGCAUGGAGAAGCCAUUGGAUUGCCCAAAUGAAAUGCAAGUAUUUCAUUGAUCAGUGAAAAGAGUUUUGAUGAGGCUUUUUCGAGCACAUUCUUAUUUUUCGCCAAACAUUUCUAACUUUUCAUCACUCAUUCAUACAUCCAUAUAUUCAAUCUAUCCAUCUAUUCCUGAAGUUGGUCAUAUUUACAUUUGUAUCCAAUUAUUCAUAUAUUGCACAGGUACGAAGUAAUGUGCCAUUGUUGGUUGCAUAGCCCGGAUGACAGACCUUCAUUCACGGACCUUACUGCUGAGCUUGAUAAACGGUUGGAAGAGAGAUCUUCAGAGGUAUGCUUUAUUGAAAAUUUGACCUCAAAAGCGAUUUCAAGUUCCAUGACUCAAAAUAAGAGACAAAAUAAGACCUCAAUCCUUUCCAGCUAUUUAGGGAAUUAUCUGUGCCUGGUUGCUUACUUUUGACCCCAAUUUCAAGCCAUCUUUGCGGUAAUUUUGCGUCGUAAUUUAUCCAGAGUUCUUCCAUCCACUCUCUUUCUUACGGAUUCCCUUUACCUCUCUCUCAGACUGGCGAAGGUUACCUUGAUCUUGAGAAUGCAGAAGAUGACCCAGACUUAAACGAGCCAACAUUUGACGAUGAAUAUCUGGAUCCAGGUGAAAGCCUCAUAAGACCUCCAGGCAGCCCCAAUUCAGAACAAGAAAAACACGCCCCACUGCCACCCCUCCCUACAGAAGACAUUGAGCUGGAAAUCUUUGAGCCAGAAAACCCCAAGGAUGAAGAAAAGCAGAAAUUUAUUCUCCAGGACCCACCAAAGGAGAGAGUUGCCCGACGCAAGGACAGCGAGUUGGAAAAAGCUCGUAAAGACACUCUCGAGAAAGAGAAGCCCAAAGAAAGUGUGAGCCAGGUAAAUGAUGACGACUUCAUAAGCCAGAAGGAACAGCUUCAUUCUGAAGAUGAGGAUAAGGACGUUUGCGAGAGAAACUCUGGAGUUUUCGAGUAUCCACCUGAAUACGAACAGAGAAAUUCGCCGCUUUCUAUGCAAGAAGAUGGCUACUACAGCGACCAGAACUCGCCAGGCGCAGACGAAAGGCAGAAAUUCAUUCCUUCUUCGGACGAUGUGUCUUAUAAAGGAGGAAAAGUUGGCCUUCGAGGAAGGCAACCCUCCAACAGAUACGUGAAUUCAUAAUGAAAAUAACCAAUAAAAUAAAAUAAUUGUACACGAAAUGUUUGGGAAAUCAAGCAAUAAUAGUGUGUGUAGGUCCACUCAGAGCUGCACUGGCUUUGACCCAGCAAAAAUUUGCUCUGUCUAAGAAAGAAAAAGAAUACUUUGAAUGAGUGACAGCAAAUUUGUAAUUUUCAAAGAGACAACCGCGACAAUCGCACUUCCGACGACAUUAGAGAUUUCAAAAACGUCCACAGUUGUCUAAGAAGUGUUUGUUUUCUGUUCAAAGAUCUCGCAGAUCUUUUGGCCUUUUACAAAGUAUUGGCGGUUGUUCCAAAAGCUACGAUAGCUAUAGAAAGCUUAUAUCAAAUUCAAAUAUUUAUUCAGUCAAUAAAUAUAUAAACAGAUAAUUAACAAGUUCUGUCUUUUUUGCAGAAUACAAUGUUACUUCUCUGAGAUUUGAAUGACUUAAAAAGAACAUUUCUGGACAGAGUAACUUGGUAUUCUGUAGAAAUGCGAUUAUUUUGAUUAUGUCACAGAAAUAUCUAUUCGCUUAAACAUUUUGCUACAGGCAUGAUCAGCAUUUGAGUUCUUACAAUUCUAAUUCACUGUCAAACAGACUGAUAAUGGGAAUAAAUGAAAUUAUCAAUGAAGGUAAAUUAUGCUGAUAAAACUCUAUGUUAGAGAGAGGCAACAAAUAUAUGGUAGGCAUUAGUUAGUAGAAUCACUUCUCAGAUCAUGAGAGUGGUGGGCUGUCCAGAUUUUGUUCAAUUUCAGGUUUGUUUCGUUUUACUUAGGCCUUCCUAUCCUAUGAAAGACCUCCAGUUUUUAAUGUAGCAUACCAAGAUAGUUCACAAAGUAGGAGAGCGGACAGAUUGUAAGAAGGCGCGGUGGGGAAAAUGGAAGAGGUAUGUCGCUCUCGGGGAUUUUGUCUGAUGAAAGUGUAGAGGUUUCUACAGUUAACUGAGGCC